AUGACAAACAUGUCUUGGAUGUCGCCAGACUACCCUGCGGACGACUAUAGUGGACCUCCACGCAACAUUGCAUAUAUCGAUCAACUGGAUUUUGACCCAGCUCUUCAACCUGCAAACUAUGAGAUUGCUGGGACAUCUGGCUCUUCCAAAAUUCUCAUCCUAGAUGUGGAGAUAUUGGAAGCCACUGGCCGGGAGCCAUAUAGAGGAGAUGUCCUAAUAUUAGGCCAAAGAUUUGCUUGCGUUGGGAAUGUUCCUGACAAAGCGGCGCUGCUGGCAGAUUCCAGCACACGUGUGUUCUAUGGAAAAGGCCGCACAUUGAUGCCGGGCUUGGGAGACUCACACACCCAUUUCACAUGGAAUGGUGGCGACUUGGAUCGUCUGGGCAGUCUGGGCGUUGAAGAACACACGCUUCUUACCGCGAGAAGUGCGGAAUGCUUCUUGGACUCCGGCUACACUAUGUGUUUUGGGGCUGCGUCAGCUAAGAAACGCUUAGAUGUUGUCAUUCGGGAUGCGAUCAACUCAGGCGAUAUUCCUGGACCUCGCUUUCUGGCUAAUGGCCAAGAGAUGGCACGAAGGGGAGGAGAACUCGUUGGGGGCAUCACUGCCUACGCAGAUGGGCCUGAGGAAAUGAGAGAAGUUAUCCGCGAACAUGUUGAUAUCGGCGUUGACCAAAUCAAAAUUUCAAUGUCUGGAGAAUCGAUUACAGAGAUUCGCGAUGCAGAAGAUUGCUAUUUCACGCCAGAGGAAACAUCAGCAUGUGUUGACGAGGCCCACAAAAAUGGAAAGCGUGUCUGCUCACAUGCACGAGCUCGAGACUCUGUGCAACAGAGUGUUGAUUAUGGAGUAGAUGUAAUCUACCAUGCCUCGUACAUAGACGAGAAAGGUAUGGAUAUGCUUGAAAAGAAUAAAUCCAAGCACAUAGUUGCGCCUGCUAUCAAUUGGUUAAUCGCUACCCUGCACGACGCUGCUAUGUUUGGCUACUCUACAGAGAAGGCUGAGCAGGUAGGCUACCAAAAGGAGCUUUUUGCAGCUGACCGUGCUAUGCGUGAGAUGCAUCGAAGAGGAAUUGUGGUCCUUCCCGGGGGUAAGUUCUCAAAAUCGCGUUAUAAAAAUUAA